GAUGGUCUUUGUAGCGUCAGUUCACAGUCAGAUUACUAGUUUUAAAGAGAAACUUUUACAACUUAUUUUUUAUUUUUUUUAUUAACAAAAAGAAGUUAACCGGUCCAUAAAAAAAGCCGGUUGUGAUAAAAUAGUGAAAAAUAAGAAAGAAAAUCGAUAGAAAUGGAAGUGCUCCCCAUUAAUAAUAACUCCGUUGAGUUCAAAAAUAAAAAUGAUGUUAAUUAUAACUUCUAUGAAGUUAGCGAAGAUUUAGAAGACUCAUCGACGAUUUCCGCAUUAUCCGAUCGGUUGGGCGAAGAAUUAAGGGCAGCGAAAGGGACGCAUUUAUCGUGCGGGGAAGUUUUGUUACCUUGCGAUUUACUUCCACGCAUCGCUCGUGAUAUCUUAGAAAAAGCAGAUAGCGAACCUUACGGUCUUCGAGGGUGCACCUUGUAUUUGAGUUUCGAGGGGGCCGAAGAAUGCCGGAAAUUAUGCACGAUUAAAUGCGACCCGACGACGACGUCAACAUUCGAGGUUUUUCUCACUUUGAAGCAAUCGACCACCGGUUGGAACUUUUUACCGCAGUUUAUUAAGAAAAUAACUCGUGGUGGCACAAUUAUGAUUAGUCCAAAUUACGAUUUGACUAAGAAGAAAUUGUACCGGUCGUUUUCUGAGUAAAAAGAGGAUGAGUACUUUAAUUUUAAGGAUAUAAUGGAUUUUUUUAAUGAGAAAAGCGAAGCGUGAUUUAGAUUUUAGAGAGAAAAAUCGUAAUUAAUAAUCGUAUUUAAGAAAAAAAAUCUUUUUUCUUUCUUUUUGAUAGUUGGUAACUUUACAAAUAUUUUUUCAGUAUUUUUCACUUAUUUUUAUUUGUUUCUAAUCUAGUUUGUAACAAAUAGAUCUCGUUUUUUUAACUUUUAUCUUUUAAAAGAGGCUACUAAUGUAACUUUUUUAUUAAUUCUACGUGUUAUUUGUUUAAAUUUUUUUUAAUAUUAAGGAUUUUUAUAAAAUCCGUGAUACUCCCAGUGAUAUAUACGAAUAUAUUAUAAUAAUAUGCAUAUAUCAGCACAUAUUUACGUAUUAUAUAAAAAAAUUAUAUUAUAUUAAUAAGAAGAAUACGGUAUAAUGAGAAAAAUUGAAAAUAUUUUUUAAAAAAACGUGGUACCUGCUGUACUUAUACGGAGAAAAGUUGCAAAAAAAAUUGAUUGUGUAAUAAUUAAAAAGAUUUCUCCAUAUUUGUAAUAAUAAUAAUUAAUAAUAAUCGUCUCUUUCUUUCAAUUUAUUGUGAUAUAACCGUUUUAAGAUACAAUAAUUAUUUUUUUUCAAAUUAAUUUCAUCAACAAUUUUAUAUCAUAACAAAAAGUAACAUUUUUUUUCAUAUAUAAAUACUUGUAACGGUUAAAAAUAACGUUUGUGAUAGAACAGGUCCGGAAAUCGCGGACGUCUCAAGCUUUUUUUAUGUACAAAAUGUGAAAUAUAUCGAUGUUUUUUUUUUAAUUAAA